GUUGUGACAGUUGGAGCUCAGCUAUCAGGCGCCACGCCUCCCAAGACCCAUUAGGUAAAAACUAUCGUCUACUACCAGGAGAGGAGACCAAGAAGACCACAGGACUGCACAACAAAAGUGACUAAAGAGGCUGUCAAUAAGACCUCAUGAUGGCGCAAAGGACGCUCCAUCAAAGUGGGCAAGAUGGCAGGUCAGUUCUGGGCAUGGUAGCAGUGCAGGUGGAGAGGGACCCCAAGACGGGUAUCACCGUAGUCCGGUCGGUGGCCCCCAUGUCUACAGAGACCGGAGCGCCACUGGCCAAGACUAUCUUUGACGACGGCAGGAAAAGCAUCCAUGCAGUUGCCGGGCCAGGCUGUCCACCCUCGACGGAAGAGCUUGGACAGAUUUUAAGUGCUGUGGAUGGGGUCGGAAUGAGAGUGAUGCUAGAUGAGGUCACAGUCUCCCCAAAGAAAGCAGAAUCUCAACGGGUUACGGCAGAUGCCUUUAGAACUCCGGUCGGAGAAACACAGUGUGUAAUUUCUAAAGACCGUGAGAGUACCGGAAUAGAGGACGUCAACGCCACGGUGGUUCCAGACACAACGGUAAAGGAGCUGAACAUGGAGGAUCGGGAUCUGGAGGAAAGCCCGAUCACCCUUGUGUUCCUGGGCUACACCAGCGAGAGCCAGCAAGAGCCGGACAUGCUCACUGCAGAGCGAGUGCUGAUCACUGAGGACGGGGACGAACAGGUCCUGGGACUGCAGUCCGAGCAAGAGGCGGGAAAAGGGAGUGACAUGCGGCAGAACAUUCCCCCGAAGGAAAACGAUCCAACGGCUCGAGUCCAGGAAGAUAAUGGUGACAAGUCAUCUCCAACCAAAACGAAGGAGGGAAAAGCCCCGUCGAAGCGCAAGACUUGUCAGUGUUGCUCAGUCAUGUAG